GCUGCCUGUCUGCCUCGAGCACAGUUUCAGAAUGUGGCCACUGGAGGCUCCCAGCAGUUUAUGCGUCACUUCAUUCCGAACGCCGAUGAUGGCGGAGCUCGAGAUAGUGCAGCCUGAACCGGAGGCGCCCGAAGUUCUCAAUGGGGACGCCGACGAAAACGAAGCGAAAGAGGACGCGGAGCCCUCGGAAACAGGGAAGAAAAAGAGAAGAAAAAAGAAGAAGAAUAAGACCGCUGUCCCAGCAGGGACAAAUGAGUCUGAGGGGGAUGGAGAUACGGGAGGAGGUGUUGGUGAUGUGACGAAACAGUUGGAGCAGCAAGCCCUGCCUGAGGACAUAGAUAAGGAGGAUGAUGGAGAGGAGGAUGGAGAAGAGGAGGAAAACUCAGCAGGGAAGAAGAAGAAGAAGAAGAAGAAGAAGAAGGGAGUGAAGGGACAGACUGACCCUCCCACUGUCCCUAUUUGUGAGCUGUAUCCCAGUGCUAUCUACCCAAAGGGAGAGGAAUGUGAAUAUCCUCCAUCUAAAGACGGGCGCAGUGCAGCGUGGCGGACCACCCAUGAGGAGAAGAGGGUCCUUGACAAGGCCAACGAGGAGAUGUGGAGUGACUUCCGUCAGGCUGCCGAGGCCCACAGACAGGUCCGAAACUACAUCAACACCUGGAUCAAACCUGGGAUGACCAUGAUCAACAUCUGUGAACGACUGGAGGACUGCAGUAGGAGGCUAAUCAAAGAGAAUGGUCUGAAGGCUGGCCUGGCAUUCCCCACGGGCUGCUCUAUCAACCAUGUUGCUGCCCACUACACCCCUAAUGCUGGUGACCCCACAGUCCUGCAGUACAACGACGUCUGCAAGAUAGACUUCGGCACGCACAUCAACGGUCGAAUCAUUGACUGUGCCUUUACCGUGACCUUUAACCCAAAGUACGACAGAUUACUGGAGGCUGUGAGAGACGCUACCAACACAGGCAUCAGGUGUGCGGGGAUAGAUGUGCGCCUGUGUGAUGUGGGUGAAACCAUCCAGGAGGUCAUGGAGUCUUAUGAGGUGGAGAUAGAUGGGAAAACAUACCAAGUAAAGCCAAUCAGGAACCUCAAUGGCCACUCCAUCGGCCAGUACAGGAUACACGCAGGCAAGACUGUCCCCAUCGUCAAGGGAGGAGAAGCUACCAGAAUGGAGGAAGGUGAGGUGUACGCAAUCGAGACGUUUGGCAGCACUGGGAGGGGAGCUGUUCAUGGUGACAUGGACUGCUCGCAUUACAUGAAAAACUUCAACGUUGGACACGUGCCAAUAAGGCUCCCCAGAGCUAAGCAUCUGCUCAACGUGAUCAACGAGAACUUCGGGACGUUGGCGUUCUGCCGCCGCUGGUUGGACCGGCAGGGAGAGAGCAAGUACCUGAUGGCCCUGAAGAACCUGUGUGACCUGGGCAUCAUAGACCCAUACCCUCCGCUCUGUGACACCAAGGGCUCCUACACUGCCCAAUACGAACACACCAUCCUUCUCAGGCCCACCUGUAAGGAAGUGGUGAGCAGGGGUGAUGACUACUGAGUACGUUCCCGUGGGCCAGCUGGCCUCGAACCAGGAAGAACAGGAAGACGAAGAAUGAGAGAAGAUAAAUCAGGGUCAUGUUCAUUGGAUGCCAUAACACUGAUCUAUUCACCACAUGCAAAUUCCACUCCGUUUAUGUCCCUUUAAUAGCGUUUGUUAUUGGACAAGUCUACGUAGUCCUUCUGUGUUUCCGUGCGUUUUCUUUCAGUUUGGUGCCUAAUGAACACGAUCCCUGAAAUAUGUCCUCGACUGAUGAGAACAUUUAUGCAACGUUAUUAUUGUGAUGUCAUUUUAAGUUGCUUGAAUCCUACCUUCUACACCUACCGUCAAGUGUUUUAGCAAGAGACCGUUAAUUAUUACUUAACUUAUGUAUUAAUAUAAGUAUUAUUUCAAAGGAUCAAGCCAAUAAAUAAGGGCAUAUAAAAAGCAAGAAAUAUAAUCGGAAUUUUCUUUAUUAUACUUACUUGAUUCCUGUAUUGCUUAUUUAGAAUUAAAUGAAAUAUGCAAAAUGACUCCCUAUGUUUGGGUGGACACCUCAAUGUAUUAUUUAAUAAUUCAAAGCAUAUUCAAUGCCUUGAAAAUAACCUGUGAUAUGACUAUAAUAAUGCUAUGAAAUUAUUUAUAUUUCUAUAUUUUGUUUCUCUGUCCUUAUUUAUUUUUGAGGUGAUUUUUUUCAAAAAUAAAUCAAUUGAAUUGUUGCACAUCUUAAA